GGGAGGAGGAGGAAGGAGGUGAAGGGAAAGAAAAAGGAGAAAAAAAAUGGAACCCCUCUGUUCCCUUUUUCCUCUGCCCUCGUCCCUUUUGCUCUGCCUGCAACUUCUCGUUCAGAGGAGGUAGUGGAGCAAGAAGAAGAAGGAGGAGGAGGAGGAGGAAGAGGGGAGGUGAAGUUGAAAGGAGCAAGAAAUCUUGUUUGAGGAAGGAAAAGGAAAGGGAAAAAGAGGGAGAGAAAAGGGAAAUGAGUUAUCACUACCUAGACCCCUGCUACCUCUGCUGCUGCUACUGUUACUCUUUCUUUGAAGAGAAAUCUUAGGAAGGAGGGACAAGGAGGAAGGGGAGAAGAAAGAGGGAGAGAGGGGGAGAGAGGGUUGGGAAGAUUUGGUGGUGGUGGCCAUGGGGGGUGGGUCUGUGGGUAGUGAAACAGGGGUGGAUGUGCUCCCCUGGCUGAAGGCCCUGCCUUUGGCCCCCGAGUACCGGCCUACCCUCUCGGAGUUCCAGGACCCUAUCGCCUACAUUUUCAAGAUCGAGAAGGAAGCGAGCCAGUAUGGAAUCUGCAAGAUCAUACCUCCCCUGGCCCCUUCCGCCAAGAAGACAGCCAUAUCCAACCUGAACCGCUCUCUGGCGUCGCUGAACCCCAACUCGGAGCCCACAUUCUCCACCAGGCAGCAGCAGAUCGGGUGGUGCCCCAGGAAGCAGCUCCACCCAGUUGUCCGCAAGUCUGUCUGGCAGAGCGGCGAGACCUACACUCUCCGGCAGUUCGAGGCGAAGGCCAAGCAGUUCUCCAAGACUAGGCUGCCGCAUCAGCCUUCCGGCAAGGCUGGCCCCAAGAACGGGCCCCUCGCCGUGGAGUCCCUCUUCUGGAAGGCGACAGCCGACAAGCCCUUCUCCGUCGAGUACGCCAACGACCUUCCUGGUUCCGCCUUCCCCGAGCCGGGCGCCGCUGGCAUGCAGGACGAGGCCGUCGGCCGGUCCGCCUGGAACAUGCGGGCAGUGUCAAGGUCCAGGGGCUCUCUACUGAGGUUCAUGCCGGAGGAGAUUCCUGGUGUUACGUCUCCCAUGGUCUACAUAGCCAUGCUCUUCAGCUGGUUCGCGUGGCAUGUUGAGGACCACGACCUCCAUAGCCUGAACUACCUUCAUCUGGGCGCGCCGAAAACGUGGUACGGCGUCCCUCGGGAGGCAGCCUUCGCCUUCGAGGAUGUUAUCCGAGCGCAUGGCUACGGUGGAGAGCUCAAUCCGCUAGUUGCUUUCGCGACUCUGGGUGAGAAGACGACCGUGAUGUCGCCGGAAGUGCUGGUUGCUGCUGGCGUUCCAUGCUGCAGAUUGGUGCAAAAUGCUGGAGAAUUUGUUGUGACAUUCCCAAGGGCAUACCACUCAGGGUUCAGUCAUGGUUUUAACUGUGGAGAGGCUGCAAAUAUUGCGACCCCUGAAUGGUUAACAGUGGCCAAAGAAGCUGCCAUUCGUAGAGCAUCCAUCAAUCAUCCCCCUAUGGUGUCUCAUUUCCAACUGCUUUAUACCUUUGCUAUGGCUUCAUCUUCAAGGAUUCCUGCAAGCAUUCCGGUUGAGCCAAGAAGCUUAAGACUGAAAGAUAAGAAACGAGGCGAAGGAGAAUCAAUGAUUAGAGAGCUAUUUGUCCAAAAUGUAAUCCAAACCAAUGAACUGCUUCAGGUUCUCUGUACCAAAGGGUCAGCAUGCUUUCUGCUUCCUCCAAAAAAUUCAGAAUCUUCAUUCCGCUCAGCAUUAUAUGGCAAGCCUAAAGGAAAGUCAAAAUCUAGGCUGUCCAUUGGUCUAUGCAGCCCUAAAGAAUCAUUUGAGCCAGUAACUAAAAGUGCCUGUGAUACUCCACCUGAUAUAUUGAUGCAUUACAGACAAGUUUAUGAUUCUCCUUUGAUGAAAGAAAAGUCUGAGACUAUACGAAAGGGAAAUAGGUCUUCUCCUGUAAAAUAUUUCAGACGUGAAGAGCAAGUUGGCUCCUUAAGUUCCGCAUCUCCGUGCACAAGUUAUGGAAAAAAAUGCUUAUCUUCUGGUGAUUUGCUGCUUGAUCAAGGAUUUUUUUCUUGUGUCACUUGUGGAAUUUUAGGAUUUGCUUGCAUGGCUGUUAUUCAACCUUCGGAGGUAGCUGUCAGAAAGCUUCUGUCUCAUGAUUGUGCCUAUCUGAAACAGCCACACGAUGGUUCUAGAUCAACAUGUGGAACACAUCUAGAAGAUGGAAAAUAUUCAGAUUUUAAUGUUCAUUGUGGCAUCAGCAAUGAUGAUGUGAACCACUCUGCUGGAAAAAGUAAUGUCGGCAAUAUUUCUUCUUCGGCACUUGACCUGCUGGCUGUUGCUUAUGGGGAUCAGUCAGAUUCUGAGGAGGAUAUAGACCAAAAUCAAUCUUGCUUACAUACUAAAAAUCCAGCACCUGGUUCUGAUUCUGACAUUUUACCUUUAAGAUCUAGUUCUGUUGAUAAAAUUCCUGAUUCAAGUGGUAAUUUGUUCCCAAAAGUUCCAUUAUGCUCUGGUGAAACUACUUCAAAAUUCAGUGAUGCCCUGGAAUCUCCUCAAAACAAAGUUGCCACUCAUUGCCAAUUUAAUGGUGAGUCAGAGAAGGUGGUUGAAGCUUCAAUUGCCAAGGUGGUGAAAGUGGACAGUCCAAAGUGUUCUUCGGGGGAAGGUCUGGACAAUCUUGGGCAGUCUGAAUCAAAUUCUAUAGUGAAUAUUCGUGAUUCAGCAGAAGCAUGCAAAAACAUGACUGCAUCUGUAAAUGAAGCAAUUCAUGGUUCCAGUGAAGGUGAGCUAAGUAUAGAUGUCCGUGAAGAAUCCAACAUUGUGGAAAGUGAUGCAGUGUCUCAAGAUUCAGAUGCUAAUCUGGAUAAGGCAAUGGUGACUUCCAUUUCCCAUUCUUGCAAACGAAGUGAAAGUUCUGCUGAAACAAUGCAAAUUACUCAUCUAACGAGCUUAGAUGUGCAAAGACCUGAGGGAAAAUUCCCACAUCUUUGGGGUCCUAAUGUUGAGUUCUCAAGAAUGCACGUUUUUUGUCUAGAACAUGCUCUGGAGGCCCAGAGACAGCUUGAGCCAAUUGGUGGAGCAGACAUAUUUGUGCUAUGUCAUCCAGAUUAUUCUAAAGUUGAAGAGCAAGCAAAAGCAUUUGCUGAGGAGAUGGGAAUUAACCAUGACUGGAAGGAUAUUCAGUUUGCCAAGUUUAGUCCAGAAGAGUUACAAAAAAUUGAAUCUGCUUUGGAUGAUGACUUGUAUCCUGGAAAUGGUGACUGGGCAGUAAAGUUGAGUAUCAACCUCUGCCAUUCUGCCAAUUUGAGUAGAUCUCCGCUCUACAGCAAGCAAAUGCCUUACAACCCUAUCUUGUAUGAAGUUUUUGGUUGCAAUUUCCUGGACAAUGAUGUUGCUGCACUGGAGACGCAGGGGAAGAACAGCAGGCAGAAGAAACUUGUUGUUGCAGGAAAAUGGUGUGGUAGAGUGUGGAUGGUGAACCAAGUCCACCCAUACUUGGCUUGUGGAGCUGAUGCACAAGCAUUGAAACCUGAUAAUGAUCUUCAAUCUCUUGAUCCAGACUCUGAGUCUGAACAAAGUCCUAGGCAGAUCAAACCUAGCUCCUGUACAGAGGGGAACUUGUUGCCAGAAGUAAGCACUGCCAAGAGAUCAGCAAAACGGAGGAUGCCAUUUGAGAAGGCACGCAGGAAAAGGCUCAAAUGCCCUGAAUGGGAGACCACUGAAUCAGUACAACCUGAGAUAAAAACACCGGAAGAAUCAAAAUACCAUGCUGCAGAGAAAUCAGAAAAGCCUGAGUUGCCUAUAAUACGAUACAGUUGCAAGAAGAAAUCUGAUCAGGCUGAUGUGACUUCUAAAGUAAAGCCUGAAGAAGAGACAAAGGGCGGGUCAGAUGGAGGACCAUGCACCAGACUCAGGACAAGGCCAUCAAAAACUGUUGCCCUCAAUGAGGGAUGUGCAUCUGUUGUCAAGCAGCAACAGAAAAAGCAGACAAAGAAGGCCGAGAAACAGAUGAGAAAAGCAACAUUGGUCAAAGCUGCUGAUGAUGAAGGUGGCGUGUACCAAUGUGAUAUAGAUGGCUGCACCAUGUCCUUCAACCUGAAGCAAGAGCUCCUUCUGCAUAAGCGCAAUACUUGUGCAUUCAAAGGUUGUGGCAAACGCUUCUUCUCACACAAGUAUUUGUUACAGCAUCGCCGGGUUCAUCUUGAUGAUAGGCCACUUAAAUGCUCCUGGAAAGGGUGCAAGAUGACAUUCAAGUGGGCAUGGGCAAGGACCGAACACAUGAGAGUGCAUACAGGUGCCCGCCCAUAUGUAUGUAAAGAACCAGGCUGUGGUCAGACGUUCAGAUUUGUUUCAGAUUUCAGCCGUCACAAGCGGAAGACGGGACAUUCUUUAAAGAAGAACAAGGGAUGAACAGGAGAGGAGGUAGCCUCUUGUGAAGGGAGAAGUGAAUUUUGGUUGUAGAAUUUGGGUGGCUCAUGGGCAAGCAAGAAACUGCCGUGGGAGCUGAGGUGGGGGUUGUUGCGGGUCAAAUGACCCGACUGGUUUGACAUUCUUAAUUGUAUUUUAGAUUAUGGAACAUCAUCUCUGAUUAUUUUGCAAGGGGUUCCUUUUGCCCGUUCGAUUCCUGUAUCAUGCAACAAUUACUUAUAAAAUGAACCAGCCAAGCUUCGAUUC